AUGAGUAAUAACCAUGAAUCUAAUCGAGUCCCCUCCAUAGAUGAAAAAAAUCAGUCACAUAAUCCGAAUACUACUCUCACUAAUAACAGUAAUAACUAUGAAAACGAGUCUGAAGAAGAUAUUGAUCAAUUGAUCGAAGAUUUACAAUCAGAUAAGGACUACGACGAGGGGGAAGAAUCCUCAAUGGUCUCUGACCACGCAGUACGUGGACAAAGAGUGGUACCUGAUGAGUUGUUGCAAACUGACCCAAAUAAAGGUUUAACCUUUGAUGAAGUUGAAAGAAGAAGGAAAAAAUUUGGUUUGAAUCAAAUGAGUGAAGAACAUGAGAAUAUGAUUAUCAAGUUUUUAAGCUAUUUUAUUGGACCCAUUCAAUUUGUAAUGGAAGCUGCUGCCAUUCUGGCUGCCGGUCUUGGUGAUUGGGUCGAUUUCGGUGUCAUUUGUGGACUUUUGAUGUUAAAUGCUUGUGUAGGUUUUAUCCAAGAAUAUCAAGCUGGUUCAAUUGUUGAUGAAUUAAAAAAAACUUUAGCUAAUACAGCUAUCGUUAUUAGAGAUGAGGAGUUAGUAGAAAUCCCUGCUAAUGAGGUAGUCCCUGGUGAUAUCUUACAAUUAGAAGAAGGCACAAUUAUCUCUGCUGAUGGUAUUAUCGUCACAGAAGAUUGUUUCUUACAAGUUGAUCAAUCUGCAAUUACUGGCGAAUCCUUAGCUGUUGAUAAAAGAUAUGGUGAUCAAACAUUUUCUUCUUCAACAGUGAAGACAGGUCAGGCUUUUAUGGUUGUCACUGCCAUUGGUGAUAAUACAUUUGUCGGUCGCGCAGCUGCAUUGGUCGGACAAGCUUCAAGUGGCCAAGGCCAUUUCACUGAGGUGUUAAAUGGGAUUGGUAUUAUUCUAUUAAUAUUAGUUAUUCUGACUUUACUGUUGGUAUGGUCGGCAUCAUUCUAUAGAACAGACUCUAUUGUUACCAUUUUGAGAUUUACCCUUGGGAUAACUAUUAUUGGUGUUCCUGUUGGGUUGCCAGCUGUGGUUACCACUACUAUGGCUGUCGGUGCUGCAUAUUUAGCCAAAAAGCAAGCAAUUGUUCAGAAAUUGUCAGCUAUUGAGUCUUUAGCAGGUGUGGAAAUCCUAUGUUCUGACAAAACAGGCACUUUGACCAAGAAUAAAUUAUCUUUACACGAACCAUACACUGUUGAAGGUGUUUCUGCCGAUGAUUUAAUGUUAACAGCGUGCUUGGCUGCUUCAAGAAAGAAGAAAGGGUUGGAUGCUAUUGAUAAAGCAUUUUUAAAAGCACUAGCUAAUUAUCCCAAAGCUAAAGAAGUAUUAACAAAAUACAAAAUCUUGGAGUUCCAUCCAUUUGAUCCUGUAUCCAAGAAAGUUACCGCUGUAGUUGAAUCGCCUGAAGGUGAAAAAAUCACAUGCGUAAAAGGUGCUCCAUUGUUUGUUCUAAAAACCGUAGAAGAAGAUCAUCCAAUUCCUGAAGAUAUUCACGAAAACUAUGAAAACAAGGUAGCUGAAUUGGCUUCGAGAGGAUUUAGAGCAUUAGGAAUUGCUAGAAAAAGAGAAGAUCAACAUUGGGAGAUCUUGGGUGUGAUGCCAUGCAUGGAUCCACCUAGAGAUGACACUGCUGAAACCGUUCAAGAAGCAAGAAAUUUGGGAUUAAGGGUCAAAAUGCUAACUGGUGAUGCAGUAGGUAUCGCCAAAGAAACUUCUAGACAAUUAGGUUUAGGUGUCAAUAUUUAUAAUGCUGAACGAUUAGGACUCGGCGGUGGAGGUGAUAUGUUAGGUUCUGAAUUAGCAGAUUUUGUAGAAAAUGCAGAUGGUUUUGCCGAAGUGUUCCCACAACACAAAUUUCGAGUGGUAGAAAUCCUUCAAAGUCGAGGUUAUUUAGUGGCCAUGACUGGUGAUGGGGUGAAUGACGCACCUUCUCUAAAAAAAGCUGACACAGGUAUAGCUGUUGAAGGAGCCACCGAUGCAGCUAGAUCUGCAGCAGAUAUCGUUUUUUUAGCCCCAGGCUUAUCCGCUAUAAUUGAUGCUUUAAAAACUUCAAGACAAAUCUUUCAUAGAAUGUAUUCAUAUGUGGUUUAUCGUAUUGCAUUAUCAUUACAUUUAGAGAUCUUUUUCGGAUUUUGGAUUGCAAUUUUGAACAGAACACUAGAUAUUAAUUUGAUCGUUUUUAUUGCAAUUUUUGCUGAUAUUGCUACAUUAGCCAUAGCAUAUGAUAAUGCGCCAUAUUCACAAAAGCCUGUUAAAUGGAACCUACCAAGAUUAUGGGGGAUUUCUAUUGUGUUAGGAUUCUUUUUGGCCGUUGGUUCUUGGAUUGCUUUAACUACAAUGUUUUUACCAAAAGGUGGUAUUAUUCAAAAUUUUGGUUCCAUUGAUGGCGUAAUGUUCUUAGAGAUAUCAUUAACCGAAAAUUGGUUAAUUUUCAUCACAAGAGCAGUUGGCCCUUUUUGGUCCUCAUUGCCUUCAUGGCAACUAACAGGUGCAGUGUUUAUAGUUGAUAUCAUUGCUACAAUGUUUACAUUAUUUGGUUGGUUUUCACAAAAUUGGAAUGAUAUUGUUACUGUAGUUCGUGUUUGGAUUUGGUCAAUAGGUGUGUUUUGUGUACUGGGAGGAGCAUAUUAUUUAUUAUCCGAAUCAGUAGCCUUUGACAGAUUAAUGAACGGGCUGCCUGUAAAGGAAAAGAAGUCACCAAGAAGUAUUGAAGACUUCUUAACUACCAUGAGAAGAGUAUCUACACAGCAUGAAAAGGACGGAUAA